UUUGGGUAAACAUAGGACAAAGUGUUCUUCAAAGACUUCGAUUGUUUGUAAACUAAAUCGUCUUCGAUUUACUUAGUAAAUCACCCUUUAUUGUUGAAAGUAAAAGAUUGUAUGAAUAUAUGAGGCCGUGAGAUGAACACGAUUUGGAUAUAUAAGAUUAUCAAAAAAUGUCAUAAUGUAGAUAUAAAAUCGAUUGUUUCAAGAGGUAAUUAAAUGUACGUGGCAACCGUGAGGAAAUCCAAACCUGAAAGAUGUGAGCCAUUAAAUCGACAGAUGACGGUUCGGAUUCUUAGACACGAAUAUCUUCCGUCUCUUCAUCGACAGAAAACUGAAAAACUUCCACAAACACGUCUUCGAGAUGAAAUUAAUUUGACGCUUGAGACUGUCCUUAAAGAGGACAUAAAACCUUUGGAAUCAACAAAGAAACAGUUUCUAAUAUGCAUGAAUUCGCUUCAUGGGAAUUUGAAAACAAAUCCCUUCAAGUUGGAAAUGAAAGAAAGUCCAAUAUAUUGUGGUGAUAUUCCACCAUGGAAACCGCUAGAUCCGACAAUACCCUCGUAUUUAGUUCCCUUAAAAGUCGGCAAAAUGGAAGGGCGUCAACUUGAAGCCGGAUAUGCAGUGUUUCCGAUGCCAAAGGAGAAAACAGAACUAAGUGUAAAGGUUUAUAAUUUAGAACUUAGAUCAGAAGACCGACUUCAUCUUUGUCCUAGAAAAACGGUUAUGUCAGUUUAUAAGGUAUUCUCGUGGGCAAUACAGAAAUUAAAUCGACACUACACUUCAAUGACCUUUGAGACUUCCGGUACAGGAAGACAUAGUGCGAUGAUGGACCUCGAUUUAAAACUUGAAUUUAGAGACGAUGUGCCGCAUUUACUUCUGGUUUUACCAGAAGGUCAACUUGUCGAAAUUAUCCCUGCAAUAGCUGUGACAAAACGCGGCCCUUUUUACAUAACACGUCCAUUUGAAAAUGAUAUUAAUCCAAAAUCGGAUAUGAGAUGGAGGAUAAAUUACUCCAUGAACGAAGAAGCAAUAAUGCGCGCUAUUGCGACAGGAGAUAAACUUCAGAGAUUAAACGCUGCUAAGCUUCUGGCCUACAUUUGUCGGAAGGAAUGGCAAUUAAGAUAUAUCACAUCUUAUCAUAUUAAAACUGUUCUUCUGCACGAGUCAGACUUUGAAAUUGAUUCUACUCCGCGUUGGCAGCGAUUUUCAAUGGAUGAUUGUUUAAAAACUUUAAUACGACGUCUUCAAGAUUACGUAAGACGAAAAGAUCUUCCACACUUUUUCGAUGAAGAUAUUAACUUAUUUGAGCAUAUUCCUAACCGUGCAUUCACUUUUAUGAGAACUGCUUUAGACCGAUUACUUCGAGAGGACGAGGAACUAGCCAGAGUUGUUCAAAGAACACGACUUCCAAAAAUUGUAUAUUAAUCAUUUUUGUUUAACUAUUUAUUUAUUCGAUGAGGGUUUCGAUACUAAAUUAUUCAUUAUUGCUUCAAAUGUCAUUGAUGUUUAAUCGUUACUUUUCAAGCAAAGCAGCGCAGCAGAUAAAAUAUAUUCAUUAUUAGAUAUUCACAUGUGUAUAUCUGUUUGUCUUUAUUAAGUUUGAAAAACCCACACAAUUAACUAUCUUUUAAGACAAUUAUAUUUAUUUGAAAUUUCAAAUACACAAUAAUGCCAACUGGCGAAACUUUCUAUAAGGGAAGAACUUAUUAAGGAAAAACGUCUUGAAAUUGUUAUUUGCUAUAAUUGUUUUCUCUGCUAAACUUUUAUCUUUUUCUAAAUAUUUAUUCAUAUUUUUUAAAGAAAAGAAAACAAUGGCUUUAAGAAAUUGAAUGAGACAACGAGACGAAGGAAGUAUAAAUGUAUAUACAUAAACAAAGAAAGAAAUUCCUGCAAAAUUUAAGACAAAAUGAUAAUCAAGAAAAUACUGUUCCAAAUCUUUUUCUCUAGAUAUAGAGAUUUAAAUGCCUCCCGUUGUUGACUUCAAUUUUUGGAAAACUUUCUUAUAUAAAGUGUUUCUCGAAUGGUAGUUCCCCUGUGUGGAUGUGGAUAUUAAGUGAUAGUUUGACCUUAUAAAUGUGUUCUGGGUUUGUUAUUGUGUUGUAGAUGAUUGGUAUAAAGGUGAGUGAUUGAUGAUACAAUGUUAUUAAUUUUAUUAUACAAAAAUAAAAUAGUUUGUUUUUAGAAAAUCCUGUAUUUAUUUCAGCAUAACAUGACCCCAGCAAGUCUACAUGGGCAUGAUGAAAACCAGUGUUUAUUCAUGUACAUAAAGUCCUAAAAUGGAAAAACAAAUAUUGGAACUUUUACACAGCUCAAUAUUCGGUCUCCUUGUUUUGAACUGUAAAAUUUUUAAAUGCAGGCCA